AUGCUCCGCACGCGGAUGAUGGGCAAAGUCCCGGAAAUGCUACAUGUCCGAAUGAUGGCAUCGGGAGAAGAGGUCGUUGCUCUUUCUGUUGACGAGUUCGACACUCUUGCUGGGUCAGCGCAAAGGUCGGUACGAGUUCUGAAAGAGCACCUGGCGAGGGUAACGGGAUGUCCGCGCUUUCGCCUUCGUGUGCUGCACAAGGGCUCCAUUGUGCAGGACGAGACGCGCUUGGACCUCCCCGUUUCCCUGUCGCUCGUAAAGCUGAGCUUUGAAGAUCCGGAGAUGGCGAACUUGGAAGAGGUCGGGCACGCAGCUUCCAUGGACGAUGCAGUUACUGUGGAAGCCUUUCUCCAGAGGCCUCAACACCCUGAUUUGGCAAUUGAGCGGGGUCUCACUUGUUUGGGUUUCGCUGCUCGAAGUGGUCAGUUGAAGUCUGCAAAGUUGCUUCUUGAAGCCAGGGCGGAUGUAAACAAAAGCGACGAGCAAGGCAUUACACCGUUGCAUUUGGCAUCGGCUGAGGGUCACAAGAAAGUUGUGCGAUGGCUCCUCAAGAACUGUGCCAAUGUGGCUGCUACUACUGCCCAGGGUGACUCGGCCUUGCACUUUGCGUGCGAUAUGGGCCAACGGAAAAUCGUGCGCAUAUUGCUGGAGGCAAGAGCAGAUACUCAGCAGCAGGAAUCUCGAGACGGUGCCACACCCUUGCACUGUGCGUGCCUGUCGGGCCAGGUGAAAGUCGUGGAAUUGCUGCUGAGUGCAUCUGCAGAUGUACAUAAACAGACACAGCGGGGUGCAACGCCAGUACACUGGGCGUGCCACCACGGCCACGUGGAUGUUGCACGUGCGUUGGUUUGGUCCAGAGCUGAUGUAAACCACGCCAGUGCAACCGGAGCAACACCUCUCUACUGUACCUGCGAUUUAGGACACGUGGAAAUGGCCCGGUUCUUGAUUCAAGCAGAUGCUGAUAUACAUCGUGACACAGCCAAUGGCAUGACCCCGCUCUUCGUCUCAAGUAUGCUGGGGCACACAGAGAUAGUGCGUAUACUGGUGAAGGCCGGUGCGGACAUGAAACAGGCCACAGCCGGACAGAUACCGCUGCAUAUCGCAUGCAUCAAUGGACAUGUAGACAUCGUCCGGAUCUUCCUGAAAGGCCAAGGCCGCCGACCAUGGCCAGCUGAAGCUCCUUUCCAUUCGGACACUUCCCUCCUCAAAGCCUUACAUCUCUCCUGUGCCUUUGGACAUGUGGAAGUCCUGAAGCUCUUGAUUGGCACCGUAGAUGUGGAUGGCUUGGAUCGGCACGGCAUGUCCCUGUUGCAUCAUGCCUGCGCUCUGGGCCGAGCUGAAGUUGUCCGCUGCUGUCUUCGGGCUGGCGCUGGCGUUGAUGUGCAAACAUCGGGUGGGACGACACCCUUACAAGUUGCGUGCGUCGCAGGCUACGUGAAAAUCGCAGAGCUGCUGAUUCAGCACGGGGCUAGAACAGACCUUUCCGAUCGGCUGGGCAUGACGCCACUGCUGGUUUCUUGCCACACUUUGCAGGUCGAACUCGCAAAACUUCUGUUGGACAACGGUGCGGCAACUGACAAACCCGCCACGGAUGGUGUUUUGCCACUGCAUGUGGCCUUUAUCCAUGGACACGAAGAGCUUGCCCACUUGCUGAUACAAAAGAAAGCCAAUUUGGACGCGUCCACAGAGGACGGCCAGACGGCGCUGUGCAUUGCUCGGUUUCACGGCCACUGGGGCGUCGUACGUUUGCUCAUUCAGGCUGGUGCUGUUGAAACGCGACAGCCGAAAAGGCGACGCAGGACUAAAGGUCCUUAA